AUGCCGUGGGGGCGAGAGAAGGAGAGCGAGAUGCUGGAACAUACCAAGAUGUUGAUCGCGUUGCGCAAGCAGCACCGGGCGCUGCGGAUCGGCGACUACCGGGAGCUCUUCGCCCGAGACCUCAUGGCCUUCAUCCGAACCACCGACCGUGUGUCGGAGGUGGUGAUCGUGCUGGCGAACCCCUUGGCCACACCCGUGAAGGAGAUGGUGGUCGUGCCGGUGCCCGCGAUCCUGGGACACACGCUCUUCAAGGACGCGAUGGAUGGCGAGGAGACGCGGCUUUUGGGCUCCACCCUGACGGUGGAGGUGAAGCCCAAGACGGUGCGCAUUUUUACGAUGGUGAAUGAGGUGGGCAACCCCAGCGGGGAUCAGUACAAGCGCACCUGGGGCCAUUGGGCCUCCUUCGCCAGUGUCAAGCCCUGA